AUGCGCAUCCUGGUCACGCUGCUGCUGGACACACUGCCCAUGCUGGGCAACGUCCUGCUGCUCUGCUUCUUCGUCUUCUUCAUCUUCGGCAUUGUGGGCGUCCAGCUGUGGGCGGGGCUGCUCCGCAACCGCUGCUUCCUGCCCGAGAACUUCAGCCUCCCCCUGAGCGUGGACCUGGAGCCCUACUACCAGACGGAGAACGAGGACGAGAACCCCUUCAUCUGCUCGCAGCCCCGGGAGAACGGCAUGCGCUCCUGCCGCAGCGUGCCCACCCUGCGCGGCGAGGGCGGCGGCGGCCCCCCCUGCGGCCUGGACUACGAGGCCUACAACAGCUCCAGCAACACCACCUGCGUCAACUGGAACCAGUACUACACCAACUGCUCCGCCGGGGAGCACAACCCCUUCAAGGGCGCCAUCAACUUCGACAACAUCGGCUACGCCUGGAUCGCCAUCUUCCAGGUCAUCACGCUGGAGGGCUGGGUCGACAUCAUGUACUUUGUGAUGGAUGCUCAUUCCUUCUACAACUUCAUCUACUUCAUCCUCCUCAUCAUCGUGGGCUCCUUCUUCAUGAUCAACCUGUGCCUGGUGGUGAUUGCCACGCAGUUCUCCGAGACCAAGCAGCGGGAGAGCCAGCUGAUGCGGGAGCAGCGUGUGCGGUUCCUGUCCAACGCCAGCACCCUGGCCAGCUUCUCCGAGCCCGGCAGCUGCUACGAGGAGCUGCUCAAGUACCUGGUGUACAUCCUCCGGAAGGCAGCCCGCAGGCUGGCCCAGGUCUCCCGGGCGGCGGGCGUGCGGGCCGGGCUGCUCAGCCCGGCGCCCCUCGGGGUCCAGGAGCCCCAGCCCAGCUGCUCCCGCUCCCAUCGCCGCCGCCCGUCCGUCCACCACCUGGUGCACCACCACCACCACCACCACCACCACUACCACCUGGGGAACGGGACGCUGCGGGGCCCCCGGGCCAGCCCCGAGAUCCAGGAUCGGGACGCCAACGGGUCCCGCCGGCUCAUGCUGCCACCGCCCUCGACGCCUGCCCUGUCCGGGGGCCCCCCACGGGGCGCAGAGGCCGUGCACAGCUUCUACCACGCCGACUGCCACCUGGAGCCGGUCCGCUGCCAGGCGCCCGCGCCCAGGUCGCCCUCCGAGGCGUCGGGCAGGACUGUGAGCAGCGGGAAGGUGUACCCCACUGUGCACGCCAGCCCCCCGCCGGAGAUGCUGAAGGAGAGGGCGCUUGUGGAGGUGGCCCCCGCUUCCGGACCCCCCACCCUCACCAGCCUCAACAUCCCACCCGAGCGCUACAGCUCCAUGCACAAGCUGCUAGAAACGCAGAGCACAGGCACCUGCCAAAGCUCUUGCAGGAUCUCCAGCCCCUGCUUGAAGGCAGACCGUGGAGCCUGCGGCCCCGACAGCUGCCCCUACUGUGCCCGGGCGGGGGCCGGGGAGGCGGAGCUCGCCGGCCACGAGAUGCCCGACUCGGACAGCGAGGCGGUGUAUGAGUUCACACAGGACGCCCCGCACGGCGAACUCCGGGACCCCGCGGGCCGGCGGCGCCGAAGCCUGGGGCUGGACGUGGAGCCCGGCUCCGUGCUGGCCUUCUGGAGGCUCAUCUGUGACACCUUCCGGAAGAUCGUGGACAGCAAGUACUUUGGUCGGGGCAUCAUGAUUGCCAUCCUGGUCAACACACUCAGCAUGGGCAUCGAGUACCACGAGCAGCCCGAGGAACUCACCAACGCCCUGGAGAUCAGCAACAUCGUCUUCACCAGCCUCUUUGCCCUGGAGAUGCUGCUGAAGCUGCUCGUGUACGGCCCCUUUGGCUACAUCAAGAACCCCUACAACAUCUUCGAUGGUGUCAUUGUUGUCAUCAGCGUGUGGGAGAUCGUGGGCCAGCAGGGGGGCGGCCUGUCGGUGCUGCGGACCUUCCGCCUGAUGCGGGUGCUGAAGCUGGUGCGCUUCCUGCCGGCGCUGCAGCGGCAGCUCGUGGUGCUCAUGAAGACCAUGGACAACGUGGCCACCUUCUGCAUGCUGCUCAUGCUCUUCAUCUUCAUCUUCAGCAUCCUGGGCAUGCAUCUCUUCGGCUGCAAAUUUGCCUCCGAGCGGGACGGGGACACGCUGCCGGACCGGAAGAACUUUGACUCCCUGCUCUGGGCCAUCGUCACCGUCUUCCAGAUCCUGACCCAGGAGGACUGGAACAAGGUGCUCUACAACGGCAUGGCCUCCACGUCGUCCUGGGCCGCCCUCUACUUCAUCGCCCUCAUGACCUUCGGCAACUACGUGCUCUUCAACCUGCUCGUCGCCAUCCUGGUGGAGGGCUUCCAGGCGGAGGAAAUCAGCAAACGGGAAGAUGCGAGUGGACAGUUAAGCUGUAUUCAGCUGCCUGUCGACUCCCAGGGGGGAGAUGCCACCAAGUCUGAGUCGGAGCCCGAUUUCUUCUCCCCCAGCCUGGACGGCGACGGGGACAGGAGGAAGCGCUUGGCCUUGGUGUCCCUGGGAGAGCACCCCGAGCUGCGGAGGAGCCUGCUGCCCCCUCUCAUCAUCCACACGGCCGCCACGCCCAUGUCGCUGCCCAAGAGCUCCAGCACCGGCCUGGCCGAGGCGCUGGGCCCUGCCUCCCGGCGCACCAGCAGCAGCGGCUCGGUGGAGCCCGGCGCGGCCCACGAGAUGAAGUCGCCGCCGAGUGCCCGGAGCUCCCCGCACAGCCCCUGGAGCGCGGCAAGCAGCUGGGCCAGCAGGCGCUCCAGCCGCAACAGCCUGGGCCGGGCCCCCAGCCUGAAGCGGAGGAGCCCGAGCGGGGAGCGGAGGUCCCUGCUGUCGGGCGAGGGCCAGGAGAGCCAGGACGAAGAGGAGAGCUCGGAGGAGGAGCGGGCCAGCCCGGCCGGCAGCGACCGGCGCCACCGGGGCUCCCUGGACCUGCCGGACACACUGCAGGUGCCCGGGCUGCACCGCACCGCCAGCGGCCGCAGCUCCGCCUCCGAGCACCAGGGCUGCAAUGGCAAGUCAGCCUCGGGGCACCUGGCCCGGGCCCUGCACCCCGACGACCCCCCACUGGAUGGAGAUGAUGGCGAUGACGAGGGCAACCUGAGCAGAGGGGAGCGGAUGAGAGCGUGGAUCCGAGCCCGGCUCCCCGCCUGCUGCCGAGAGCGAGACACUUGGUCUGCCUACAUCUUCCCUCCUCAGUCAAGGUUCCGCCUCCUGUGCCACCGGAUCAUCACCCACAAGAUGUUCGACCACGUGGUCCUCGUCAUCAUCUUCCUCAACUGCAUCACCAUCGCCAUGGAGCGCCCCAAGAUCGACCCGCACAGCGCUGAGCGCAUCUUCCUGACCCUCUCCAACUACGUCUUCACCGCGGUCUUCCUGGCGGAGAUGACCGUGAAGGUGGUGGCGCUGGGCUGGUGCUUCGGGGAGCAGGCGUACCUGCGCAGCAGCUGGAACGUGCUGGACGGGCUGCUAGUGCUCAUCUCCAUCAUCGACAUCCUGGUGUCCAUGGUGUCGGACAGCGGCACCAAGAUCCUGGGCAUGCUGCGGGUGCUGCGGCUGCUGCGGACCCUGCGCCCGCUCCGGGUGAUCAGCCGGGCACAGGGCCUGAAGCUGGUGGUGGAGACGCUGAUGUCCUCGCUGAAGCCCAUCGGGAACAUUGUGGUCAUCUGCUGUGCCUUCUUCAUCAUUUUCGGCAUCCUGGGGGUGCAGCUCUUCAAAGGGAAGUUCUUCGUGUGCCAGGGUGAGGACACCAGGAACAUCACCAACAAGUCUGACUGUGCCGAGGCCAGCUACCGGUGGGUCCGGCACAAGUACAACUUCGACAACCUCGGCCAGGCCCUGAUGUCCCUGUUCGUGCUGGCCUCCAAGGACGGCUGGGUGGACAUCAUGUACGACGGGCUGGACGCCGUGGGUGUGGACCAGCAGCCCAUCAUGAACCACAACCCCUGGAUGCUCCUGUACUUCAUCUCGUUCCUGCUCAUUGUGGCCUUCUUUGUCCUGAACAUGUUCGUGGGCGUGGUGGUGGAGAACUUCCACAAGUGCCGGCAGCACCAGGAGGAGGAGGAGGCCCGGCGGCGGGAGGAGAAGCGGCUGCGGAGGCUGGAGAAAAAGAGAAGGAAUCUAAUGCUGGACGAUGUAAUUGCUUCCGGCAGCUCCUCCAGCGCGGCGCCAGAAGCCCAGUGCAAACCCUACUACUCGGACUACUCCCGCUUCCGGCUCCUCGUCCACAACUUCUGCACCAGCCACUACCUGGACCUCUUCAUCACCGGCGUCAUUGGGCUGAACGUGGUCACCAUGGCCAUGGAGCACUACCAGCAGCCCCAGAUCCUGGACGAGGCUCUGAAGAUCUGCAACUACAUCUUCACCAUCAUCUUCGUCUUGGAGUCAGUCUUCAAACUCGUGGCCUUUGGCUUCCGUCGGUUCUUCCAGGACAGGUGGAACCAGCUGGACCUGGCCAUCGUGCUGCUGUCCAUCAUGGGCAUCACGCUGGAGGAGAUCGAGGUCAACGCCUCGCUGCCCAUCAACCCCACCAUCAUCCGCAUCAUGAGGGUGCUGCGCAUCGCCCGAGUGCUAAAGCUGCUGAAGAUGGCCGUGGGCAUGCGGGCGCUGCUGGACACGGUGAUGCAGGCCCUGCCCCAGGUGGGGAACCUGGGACUUCUCUUCAUGUUGUUGUUUUUCAUCUUUGCAGCUCUGGGCGUGGAGCUCUUUGGAGACCUGGAGUGUGACGAGACGCACCCCUGCGAGGGCCUGGGCCGGCAUGCCACCUUCCGGAACUUUGGCAUGGCCUUUCUGACCCUCUUCCGAGUCUCCACGGGGGACAACUGGAACGGCAUUAUGAAGGACACCCUCCGGGACUGUGACCAGGAGUCCACCUGCUACAACACGGUCAUCUCCCCCAUCUACUUCGUGUCCUUCGUGCUGACGGCCCAGUUUGUGCUGGUGAACGUGGUGAUCGCCGUGCUGAUGAAGCACCUGGAGGAGAGCAACAAGGAGGCCAAGGAGGAGGCCGAGCUGGAGGCCGAGCUGGAGCUGGAGAUGAAGCCGCUCAGCCCGCAGCCCCACUCGCCGCUGGGCAGCCCCUUCCUCUGGCCCGGGGCCGAGGGCCCCGACAGCCCCAAGCCCGGGGCCCCGCACGCCGGAGCAGUCUCCUCUCGCUACUCCCUGGAGCACCCCACGAGGGGGCCCCGCCCGGGGGAGGUGCCAGACCUGCUGGCCGUGCGGAAGUCCGGGGUCAGCCGCACGCACUCUCUGCCCAACGACAGCUACAUGUGCCGGGACAGAAGCACUGCCGAGGGGUCCCCGGGACACAGGAGCUGGGGGCUCCCCAAAGCUCAGUCAGGCUCCGUCUUGUCCAUUCACUCCCAGCCAGCAGACACCAGCUACAUCCUGCAGCUUCCCAAAGAUGCGCCCCGUCUGCUCCAGCCCCACGGCGCUCCCACGUGGGGCGCCAUCCCCAAACUGCCCCCGCCGGGCCGCUCCCCUCUGGCUCAGAGGCCCCUGAGGCGCCAGGCAGCAAUAAGGACCGAUUCCCUGGACGUCCAGGGCCUCGGCAGCAGGGAGGACCUGCUGUCAGAGGCCAGCGGGCCCUCCCCGCCCCUGGCCCGGACCUCCUCCUUCUGGGGCCGGCUGAGCAGCCCGGCGCAGCAUCCCUGCGGCCAGAGCAAGACCUUGAAGCACACACCCUCGCCAGCCCCCUGCCCGGGCCCAGAGCCCACCUGGGGCCAAAGCCCGCUGGAGACCAGGAGCAGCUUGGAGCUGGACACGGAGCUGAGCUGGGUUUCCGGAGGCCUCCUGCCGGCGGGCGGCCAGGAGGCGCCCCCGUCCCCGCGGGACCUGAAGAAGUGCUACAGCGUGGAGGCGCAGAGCUGCGGGCGCCGGCCCGCGUCCUGGCUGGAGGAGCAGAGGCGGCACUCCAUCGCCGUCAGCUGCCUGGACAGCGGCUCCCAACCCCACCUGGACCCCGGCCCCUCUGGCCUCGGGGGGCCUGGGGGCCGGCCCAAGAAAAAACUCAGCCCACCCAGUAUCUCUAUAGACCCCCCCCAGGGCCAGGGCGCUCGGCCCCCACCCAGCCCUGGCAUCUGCCUCCGGAGGAGGGCUCCGUCCAGCGACGCCAAGGAUCUCUCGGCCUCCGGCCCCCCUGACAGCAUGGCUGCCUCGCCCUCCCCAAAGAAAGACACGCUGGGUGUCUCCGGUUCACCGGCCGACCCAGCAGACUUGGACCCCUGA